UGGAAUCCGUUGGUUCGCUUUCCGCUUCCCUUGUAGUUGUACAGACCUACAUUCUCUUAUACUUCCGGCGCGCUUUGGGCUUUUGCUGCUGCAGUUGCCUAUCCCCAGAUAUCGAAGGACAUCCUCCAGACGCAGACAGGAUAGAGUUACCCGAUAAAGUGUUUGUGGCAGCUUCCGAGUGCGUCUCUUCUCGUUCCUUCAUCCGUGUAGUCCUGUAGAGAGUGUUGCCUUCUAUGCUUGAUGUGCCGCCGUUUUGUAUUUCCGAUUUAUCAACUGUCUCACUGUCUCACUGUAAUCGUAUCAUCUCUAUGGAGUUAAGUGUAAUUUCUCAACAUUUGAGAAUGAUAAAGUAGUGAAAUCUUAUCCUAUCGUCACAUGAAGAAGUGUGAAAACCUCUAUGCCGCAAAUCUUAUUCCCUGUGUGUACACCGUGUGAAAAUAUUCUAAUUAAUUUAACGGUUUUUCCAACUAAAUACAAAAGCAUAGUUAUAUCCAGUAGGUGUUAAGUGAUGUUAACCAAAAUCAAAAAUUAAACCAUCAUCGUAAGUGGAAAGUAAGAAUCAGAAACCACAAGUUCGGCAGAACCAGACCGAUAUGAAGCCGAAAUGAUGAGCAAAGCCGCAAAGUAAACACCCAAACUCGCAUUAAUACACUAGCGGGAAGAUUUGUUUGGCAAACAAUAAUACCACACUUGAUGCGGGUGGCUGCUGUUUGGACUUCCUGGAUCAACCGAAUAGAGAAGAAUUACUCCGUGGCUGGAAGAUUUGCGCCGAAUAGAAAACCCGGAAAAGUGCUUGGUGGAGAAGUUUUCGUUUCGUGCAAUUGUCCCCGUCAUUGUACGAAAUAGGACGAGCAAAAAGUUAUCCAUUGUUUUGCCGAGUGCUGUGAUAAAUAUAUGACCGGAGUCUAAUUAAGAGAAACCUACACGUUGGGACUAGGGGAAAGUUUCAGGGAAGGAUUUCCUUUCACCAACUGGGAUUAUACCGAUUGAAAAAGUAGACCAAAGGAAAUUUGAUCCUUUAGUAUAUGUGAGCUUGUGUUGGAGUUUGCCGCAAAAAGUGUCUUAGUGUAAAUUGAUUCAAGUGUUGUCUGUUAAUUGGAACUAUCAUCAGUAGAAUGGCGAUAAUGACGACGGUUACGAAGAAAAUGAUGUUCCUUUUUAUUAAGUGAUCGAAGCUUCACUAAAGGGUGAAAUAAACAACCGUACAAAGUCAAGAUUCUCCGUCCUUCAAGAAGAACUUAAUUGAGAGAAAAAAGCUAAUCGUCUAGAGGCACAGGAGCCGCACAAGAUCUCGGUGAUCCGAUCAGAUGUGCUUUUCAUCUCGAACCGCAUCAUCAACUAAUGAGAUUAACAUUGCCUCCUCCUACUCCAACGGGAAAAUAUAAUGGGAUUGGAAAAUUAGCUCAUUCGCUGUGAAGUGCUCUCCGGAGGAUUACGUUAAUCUUGCUGCAAGGCUUGUCGCCAAAACGAAAUCCGGAGGUCAACCGGGCGACAGUUUUUAAGUGGCAAUUUUCCCUGCAAACGUGCCACGGCCCAAUUAUCCUGAACAGUGAUUGUGUUUGCCUGGGGGGUUUGGGGUGUGUCGAAGGCUACCUGUGUCGAAGUGAUUACAUCCUGGAAAGGAUGCUUGGAAAGGUGGGCAACGUCGUAUCGAAGUAACGCCAAAUCGCAAUCGUGAAGAAGAGUUACUUUUGUGACAAGGUGAAAAAUUUGCUCCGGGAAAAGUUUUGGAGCGUUUACGGAAUUUCAAUCAAAGGUGAAAAUCGAGAGAAAUAAUUUUCUUCCGCUGAGAACACCCUCUGAAUCAAUGUUGGCCGACAUGGAAACGGUGAUUGGAUUUUUCCUGUGGCUGCUGGCGAUCGGAUUACAAAGUGGUGAUUCACUGCACGCAUUGGUCCUUCCGGAAACGGAUUCACACAGAAGUGCUGGCCACGCAAGUCUCCAGGUAGGCGAUGGAGGGCAGCUGGGUUCGAGCUCGCCAUCACCGCUAACAACGACGACGACGAUGGAUCGGGUGCUCAUGGAGGAAAGAAUAGUGCCAAGCCUGGUAUUCCAACAUCGCUGUGCGGAUGGCUUCUUUCGGUGCAACAGCACGCUGGAUUGCAUCGAGCAGCGACGGAAUUGCGAUAAGGUGCCCGACUGUGAGGAUGGUUCGGACGAGCGGGAUUGCGACGACAACGUCGAUUCCUGGUACUGGGAUCACCUCUUCCGAAAGCGACCAGGGGCAUUAAACGACCAUCUGCCAUUUACUUCCUGCGCUUGGAAUGAUUUCAACAUCUCGUGCAAGUGUCGCGUCACGGAAGUACUGUGCGACUAUAAGGGAUUUACCGUGCUGCCGACUUCACUGCCCAUGGAUAACGUCACCCUGCUGGAUUUGACUGGCAACCGGUUCCCAGUGCUGAAUAUGAACGUCUUCGAGAAGCUGCCGGCACUCGACACCUUAGUCCUAAAACACUGCUCGAUAGAAGAAAUUGAACCGCCCGCUCGGACUUUGAACGACAUUUAUGCAUUACAUUUGGAUCAGAACAAAUUAAAAUCGCUGCCGGACAUUUUCUUCCCGCCCAACACUUGGCUGCACAUACUCAUCCUGAGCGGAAAUCAGAUUACGAAACUGACGGCGGGAAACUUUGCCAAUCUGGACUUCCUGGAGGAGCUAGAUCUACGGGAUAACCUAAUCGAGUCACUCGAGGCGGAAGUUUUGCGGCCACUCAGAAAUCUGGAUAAGUUGUACCUCAACAACAACAAACUUACCAAGUUGGAUCUUGGGAUGAUCCCGAUACUUGCCUCCCUGAGAACGCUUUCCUUGGCGCGAAACCAAAUCCGCACCAUUUCCGUGGGCGCACUGAACCUUCCCAAACUGGAGCACCUCUAUCUGUCCGAGAACCGCCUCCGGAUGGUGGCCAACAACACCUUCAGUAAACUACCGAAUUUAUUAGGGUUAUUCUUAAAUGACAACGAAAUAAGCCACUUCCAGCUAGGUUCAUUUGCUGGCAUCAAUAAUCUCACCACGAUGAAUCUUCAGGGAAAUAAAUUCACCCGAAUAGACAGCCGUGUGCUGCAGAACCUCACCAGUUUAAAUCACAUACACUUUUCCGAGUUCCAUCACUGUAAGGCGGCUCUUCACGUGAGGGUGUGUGAUCCGAAGGGCGACGGAAUCAGCAGCAAAAGCCAUUUGUUGGACAACCCGGUGCUGAGGGCCAGCGUAUGGAUCAUGGCUGCGGUUGGAAUCAUUGGUAAUUUACUGGUCCUGUUCGGGCGGUACAUGGUCGGCACCAGAAGCAGCCAAGCACACGCCGAGCACUCGCUCUACCUGAGGCAUCUGGCUGCCAGCGACCUCAUGAUGGGAAUCUAUUUGGCGAUUAUUGCCACGGCCGACAUUAUGUUCCGCGGCCAGUAUCUGCUAUACGAAGAGGAAUGGCGAGCAAGUGGUUUGUGUGCCUUCAGCGGUUUUCUCAGCACCCUGAGCUGUCAGUCGUCCACACUGUUGCUGACCCUGGUCACUUGGGAUCGAUUGAUUUCGGUCACCCGUCCACUGUAUCAGCGGUCCGGCAGCAAAACCCGUGUGAUCCUUCGAUUGGCGCUGCUCUGGGGAGUGGCGGCUUCGGCAGCUGCGGCGCCCCUCUCGGCCACCGACUAUUUCGGACCGCAAUUCUACGGCACCAACGGGGUGUGCCUUUCGAUUCACAUUCACGACCCGUACGCCAUGGGCUGGGAAUACUCGGCCGGGCUGUUUAUCCUCGUUAACACGUUCUCGCUGCUGUUCAUCGGGACGUCCUACCUGAGGAUGCUGCAAGCCAUCCGGGUGUCGAGGAACGAAACCCGGAACACACUCAACUGCCGGGAGAAGAUUGUGGCGCGAAGAUUCGCCAUCAUCGUGGCUACCGAUUGCCUCUGCUGGAUGCCGGUGAUUGUCGUUAAAUUGGUGGCCUUGGGAGGCGUUCAAAUCUCCCCAUCGUUGUACGCGUGGCUGGCCGUUAUGGUCCUUCCGGUGAAUUCAGCCCUGAAUCCGGUGCUCUACACGCUGACGACGGCGCAGUUCAAGCAACAGCUGACGCGGUUCUUCUACUCUCUACCGUGUGGCGCUUCACACGAGCUGAAUGGGUACGAUUCAGCAAUAGAUUCGAGGAAUAGCCUUGGUCAGAUGACUUAUAGCACAACAGCUAAUGGAAGCACCAGACGAAUACCACAGCGGAAGGACCGCGCCUCCAUCAACACCAAGGUGUACGAGUUCAAAUAGCAGACAACGGGGCUGGUCGGCCGACGGCACACUGUGUCCCAUCCGCGUCGUCGAACCGGAGUGGCAGCGAACCCGGACCACCGCAACCAUCGGC